AUGGCGUUUAGAAAGCGGAUCUGGCCUGGGAAAGAGAUACAAGAACACAACGGCUUAUCCAAGUGGUUCCAGGCUAUUGACCAAGACAGCGAUUUGAACGGCGCUUUGGCCCCGGUCUUUGCGAAGAUGUUUCUGGAAGAUGCAGAUCUCCUCCCGCACGGUUUCCUUCCCACAGAGCUCUUUGCUAGCAUAUACGGGCCCUUGUGCAGACAAGCAUGGCACCAUGCCGUUCGGGAUUGCGACUGGAUAACUCACAAGGGACUUGGAAGCUUUUUGGAUGCCGUAGUCUCGAGAAUGGGGCACCAGGUCCCAGAUCUCUGGCACAAUGCGCAGUUAGGGCUACAGAAAGUCAGAGGAAAGCCGUUGUGCUGCAUGUGUCCAUGGAACAUGCAGCCAUGGGCUGUUUUCCCCUGCGGUCACGGCAUAUGCGAGCGCGAUGCUUGGCGUUAUUCUGGGAUCCAGCCCAAUGAUGCUGAACAUCCGACUCUAUCCCAUUUUAAAGCCUGCCCGGCAUGCCAUGCGCCGGUGGACUUGAAGUUACGGCUUCGUCCGUUACAAGCCGGUUAUCGAGUCGCUACCUUCGAUGGAGGUGGGGUCUUAGGAAUAGUCUCGCUCAUUGCCCUACGAACUAUUACCGAGGGUCUUCCGAGGGCACUAUCCGCCCACCACUUUUUUGACCUGAUAGUCGGUACAAGUACAGUAAAAACGAAACAAGAUGUCGUGCGUGUAGCCAUCACGUCGGCAACUUUCGAUUCCCGACUAUGCUUGUUCCGUUCCUAUGGUGACGUACUUCGCGAGGCAGAACGCGGAAACUACAAACCAGAGAGCCUUUUCGAUCUUCCCCUGUGGCAAGCUAUUGCCACCAGCUGCGCUGCCCCCCUGGUCUUUGAGCCGGUAAAUGGACUUCAGGAUGGGGCAUUUGCUGCCAAUUGUCCCGCAUGGGUGGCAAUGAUGGAGGUGAACGAGCUUUCUAUGCUAGGCAGCCGUCUGCUAGACUUUUCAGUAAGCUUUGGGACUGGUCAAUUUCUGAGUCCAGACAGGAGCCGUUCUCGGAGCUGGUUGAAGCAUCUCGUUCCAGAAUGGGUCUCCAGGCUGGGUUGUGGUUUAGGCAGCGUCGUGGACGCCGACUCUAUGUACGGAAAGUUCUCUAGCGCCCUCAAUAGGGCCGAAAGAGAUGGUAAACAUUAUCGCGUGGAGCCUUCGUUUAGAACAGUGCCGAUUGCCCUCGAUGACCCGGCCUUCCUUACAGACCUCACCACGGAGACGGAACUUUACAUGAAAUCCCCAAAUGUCCAGCAAAGUACUCUUCACUUACAGCUGGCAAUGCUUGCGUCUUGCUUCUAUGCUGCUUUGCUGUCACCGCCAGCGUUUGACUCCAACGUGGGACAAUACUGCGCCCGCUUAGCAGUUCUGUCCCGAUGGCCUGAAGAUGGGGACAUACGUCAGUCACUCGGUGAGAAACUAGAACAUGCAUCUUUUAUUGUGGGUACCCUGGCGCGCCCUUACACGAUUCCUUUGUACUGCACGAUUUACCGGGGCCCCGCUGUCUCUGACGCAGCUGAUAUACCUGCAACAUCCGCCAUGCUGGUCUCACUUGGCUACACGCAAGCGGGGCGGCUCCCAUUUGGCCGAUGGUUGCAACAAACGUCGCUGUAUUGCCCAACAUGCAAGUGGCUGACGCGAAAUGGCUUUGGAACCGACUACCUGGUCACGGGAUGCCCAGCCAUGAAGGACUAA